UGAUGCUACGAGUUUCUCCCACGAAGAACUUCACGGAAAGCUUAUUGUUGAUUGCCCUGUUUCGACCUUUGUUUUCAUGAAGGGGAAUGGUUUGAAGAGCUCAGUCGGAGUGUGAAGCCUCUUGUUCCUGUUUACAGACACUUUAAUCAGCUGGCAGAGCAGAGAAGCAAACAUGGCGUCUAAUGGCGGCUCUGUGGUCGGUCUUCUGUCUUAUGAAACCCUUGUGCACGCUGUAGCCGGAGCUGUGGGCAGUGUGACAGCAAUGACGGUGUUCUUCCCUUUAGACACGGCCAGAAUUCGACUGCAGGUGGACGAGAGCCGAAAGUCCAAAUCCACUCCUGUUAUUCUGGCUGAGAUCGCAAAAGAGGAGGGCGUAAUGUCUCUCUAUCGUGGUUGGUUUCCUGUAAUCUCUAGUCUGUGUUGUUCCAACUUUGUGUACUUCUACACAUUCAAUUCACUGAAGCGGCUGAUGGUUCUGGAAAAAGGGCAGUCCAGGCCUGGCAGAGACCUCCUCAUGGGCUUCAUCGCAGGGACUGUGAACGUGCUCCUGACUACACCCAUGUGGGUAGUGAACACUCGGUUGAAGCUGCAGGGAGCAAAAUUUCGGAACGAAGAUCUCCACCAGACCCACUACAAGGGUAUUUUUGACACUUUCUCCCAGAUCAUAGCUGAUGAGGGGGUAGGGGCGCUGUGGAAUGGCACGCUCCCGUCCCUGCUGCUGGUGUUCAACCCUGCCGUGCAGUUCAUGUUCUAUGAGGCCAUGAAGAGGAGGGCAGGGAAAAAUGGGCGGAAGAUUUCGUCACUUGAGAUCUUUAUCAUCGGGGCCAUUGCCAAGGCUAUUGCAACGACGGCCACUUACCCACUGCAGACCGUCCAGGCCAUUCUGAGGUUUGGCCAACAGAAAUCGCAAGCGAAAGGGGGUUUACUGGGCAGCGUGCGCAACGUGGUGAAUUUACUAAUCGACAGAAUCAAGCGCAGCGGUAUGUCCGGCUUAUACAAAGGUCUGGAGGCGAAGCUUCUUCAGACGGUGCUGACAGCAGCUCUUAUGUUCAUGGUUUACGAGAAGAUCGCUGCAGUCACCUUUAAACUGAUGGGCCUCAAUCAGAAACUGAAGCAUUAACAACAGUUAAGCCUUAAAACUAACCAGAAUAAUUGCUUUCUUUACUACCUCUCUACACUCUAUCAUGCCAGAUCUUAACAUUCAUCCCUUUACCGGUGUAGGGGCUCAAUAUUUACAAAGAUCAACUUGAAUACCUUUUUAAUUUUGUUACCUUUGAUGUAAAAAUCCUAUUUGGGGAACCAUUUUCCCCUUUUGGCACAAUUCCUAAUUCUGUACAAGAAACUUUUAAUUUAUCUUGUUAUAAUCGCAGCCUUACUUUAUUUAAUUUUCUUUCAGCAAUCCGCUAUGAAUUUAUUCUUCAACUUUUUUUUAAACAUACGAUGGCCUGUUUUGCUAGCUGCAUGCGGUAAACAAAAUAACUGUGUGUUACGUUAGUCACUUACUGAGUCACAUAUCAUUCACUCGUCACGUAAAUCUGAGAUUACAUGUGUCCUGUGAGAGAAAUAUUUAUUUAACUGCACUGUUUUAAUGAAUUUUAAGUGUUUGCAUGAGCUUGAACAUUUAAACCUAUUGGUGUGUGGGUUUUUUUUUUAUAAACGAGAACAAAACAAUACUUUCAGCUACACAUUUAGCCUUUUUGUCUAUCAGUAAACUUAUCCGGUAAAAGGAGGAAAGACCAUUUAUAAAGAAUGCAAAUUGCGGUAAAAACUUUUUUUUUUUUUUGCCAAUUGGACGCACAUCUUCAGCUAAAGUAAUACGCCUAUCCUUAAAGUGCCAUUCCACCAUUGGAUGUAUUCUUUGGCAUAAAAUACAAUAUAUUUUGACAACAUAUAUAAAUGGUAUCACUAGAUAGAGAAAUCUUUUAGCUUCAAAAUGAUAUAUCAAACAAUUUUUUGACAAUGACAUUAAUUUUGCGACCAAAGUCACCUACCCUUUUAAUUUCUGUGCGUGAUGUCAUUGGCAGGUUCCCCUUCUUGUGUACCACGUGACGUGGCACAUAUUAUCAGCAAUGGCGGAUAGAACGCGAUAAAAAUAAUACCAAUAAAUCUAGCUAAUACCAAUAAAUCUAGCUAACUGAAAGAUUAACUCAAAAUUUUUCGCAAUUUUUUUAGCCCCCAUAUACGAGGAGAAAUGACUCUCUCACUUUGGGGGUUUCCUGGUCUAAAAAUAGACCGACACGUGGUACACAAGAAGGGGAACCUGCUGAUGACAUCACGUUUCACUACCGCGCGGAAAUUUAAAGGGUAGGUGACUUUGGUCACAAAAUUUAAUAUACUUGUCGUUGUCAAAAAAUUGUUUGAUAUAUCAUUUUGAAGCUAAAAGAUUUCUCUGUCUAGUCAUGUUGUCAUAAAAUAUAUUGUAUUUUAUGCCAAAGAAUACAUCCAAUGGUGGAAUGGCACUUUAAGGUAAAUUUUAUUUGAAUUAUUUAGUACAGUAUCUGUAUAAAAGUACUUGAAUUCCAGUGGUAAGUGUAAUAGAGUAAUAACUACCUCUGACUCUGUAGCUGUGAUUAAUUAUGAGCCUCUAAUUUGUACAAUUUUUUUUCUCAUUAAGAUAUUAAUAUAAGCAUGUUUGUACACAGAAAUGAAACAUAUUUGGUAUAAAAUUCAGCUGAAAUCACUGUUAAUUGAUCAUAACAGUUUGCACUUCUGAUAUAAGUCUCACUUUCUUAAUACUGUGUACCAGCUGUGGUUCGUCUGCUGGGGCUGGAACAAUGCACGUUAGUUUACACUAUAUUUAACUUAUAGUUCUGUAAUAUUUGUGCAUUUUUGUUUGCUAACUUAAAUUCUGGACAUGUGAAACUGGAUGUAGUUCCCAGUCAUAUUAAAAAGUACUUUUAAGAGGGGGGAAAAAUCUUGAA